UAUACUUAACCAUAGUUAAGGAGUCAACAGGAUGUUCAAACAGUUGGGAUUCCUUCGAGUCACGAGACGAGGAUUGGCUCAAGCUUCAGUAAGGUUACAAGAACAAAGUAGACCAUUAAUACCUGAAGAUUUAAAACAACGAAUUCAAGAAUCUAGACAUAAAGUAUUUAUACCAACCAGUAUAAGAAAUGAACAAAUAAAUCAAUUAGAAUAUGAAAGACUUAGAAUUGUUCCUGCAUUGAAGACGUUUUAUGGAGGAAAUCCCCUUCAUGAUGAAAAUAUGAAUCAAUUAAAUGCCAUAUUAAGAAAGUAUAUAAAUUUACCAACUAGAAGUAUAAGUGAUGAAGAACUUCGUAAUAAUAAAUUUAUUUCAGUUGAAACUUAUAGAAAUAGAAUUCAAUCUGGUACAAGACUUAAAGAUAAACAUCAUAAAGAAUUAUUAUAUGUAUUAAAUCGAUUAAGAAGUAUUGAUGUUGAAUUAAUGCCAAAAGAUGUUAAUGAAAUAUUAUCAAAAUAUUGGGCAAAAUCUGCUCUUAUAACUAAUUCAAAUAAAUCAAUUAAAACUUUAGAUGAAUUUGGUAGAGCCUUUGCUAAAGCAAAAAGAAAAACAAGUCGAGCAGAAAUUUAUUUAGUUAAAGGUGAUGGACAAAUUCUUAUUAAUGGUAAAUCAUUUGUUGAAUAUUUUACUAAAGAUACUGAUCGUAAAAAGAUUGCUUAUCCAUUUCAAGUAAUUAAUCAAGAAGGUAAAUAUAAUAUUUUUGCUAAAGUAUCUGGUGGUGGUAUUUCUGGUCAAACUGAAGCUAUAAUGUAUGCUGUAUCUAAAGCUUUAAUUAUUUUUAAUCCAUUACUUAAACCAAGAUUAUCAAAAGCUGGUUUAAUGAAGAGUGAUAGUAGAAAUGUUGAAAGAAAGAAACCUGGUAAAGUCAAAUCCAGAAAAUCUCCUACUUGGGUUAAACGUUAGAUAUACUUUAUAUUUAUAUUUAUAUUUAUAUUUAUAUU